GGCAGCAGCAAAGGCGGGCGCGGCGUGUUUCUCGUGUGUCUACUGCUACAUCUGCAGCAGCUGCUGCUGCUGCAGCUGCGGCCGCUGUUGCAGCAGCAGCAGCAACAAUAAUCCCUUACCCUUCAGUUCCCGCUGGUGGAGCGGCAGCUUAUGCCGCAGCCUCAGCAGCAGCAGCAGCGGCAGCAGCAACCACAGAGCAACUCUACAGCAAUGCGACAGUGGUUGCUGCUGCAGCAGGAGCAGCAAGAGCAGCAGCAAUAGCUGCAAGAGAAGCAGCAGCAGCAGCAGGAAGAGGGGCUAUGCCAGCGGCUGUCUUGCUGCCCCUGCUGCUGUGUUGCUGCUGCUGCGCAGCAGCCGCGUUGCUGCUGCUGCCCGCUGCUGCUGCCCGCCUUGAUCUCCUUGUGCGCGCAGCAGCAAGAAGGCUGCUGCAGCUUCUGCAGCUGCUGCAGCAGCUACAGCAGCGGCUGCAGCAGCAGCUGCAUCAGCUGCUGCAGCAGCUCCAGCAGCUGCUGCGUCAGCUGCAUCAGCGGCCGCACCCGCUGCUGCAGCAGCUGCAGCAGCUGCAGCAGCAGGUGCAGCAGCAACAGCAGCAGGUGCAGCAGCAGCUGAAGAACUGCAGCAGCAAAUUAAAAGAAGCUCCUUUGGGUCCAGUUUUUUAUUUUGGAAGUAUGAUUUUCUGUUAUCUCGAAUUCAUCAACGUGGGUGUCGUGACACCUGAAAACGCCAAACAACUUUCUAGGGUUUACGAAUUUGACAAUUUAAUUUAUUUCCCCAACACCAAAUGCGCCAUUUGCAACAUUAUCAGGUAUGGAGUCUUUUUGGGAUUUGUUUUUCUGCUCGGAGAGGCCAAAAAGGAGACAGACAAAUUUUGGGACUUUUUGCCUUUUUGCAAACGUCUGGUGUCUGUACACCCGAAGCUGCUGCUGCUGUUCCUUUUGUCCUUUUUGUCUUUUCUUUUUUUGUCACUUUUUGCAAUUAACCAUUUUUCUCUUUUGCUGCACAACAGCACCACUUAUGAAGUUCUUAAACGCAAAAGCAUUGAAGAAAAAGCAGCAGCAGCAGCAGCAGCAACAGCAGCAGCUGCUGCUGCUGCUGCAGAGAGCAGCAGCAGCAAAGGCAUGCAUGCAACAAAGGACAACUUAAGUAAAGCAGCAGAAGAUACGGCAGAAGCAGAAGAUAAAGCAGCAGCGGAAGCUACGCCAGCAGCAGCAGCAGCAGAAGCUACGGCAGCAGCAGCAGCAGCAGCAGCAGCGGCAGCAGCAGCAGCAGCAGCAGCAGCAGCGACAAAGGAAGCCAUACAACGCUCAAGGGCGCUUUACAACAAAGCAGCUGCUGCAGCAGCAGCUGCAGCAAGAGCUGCAGCAGCAGGUGCAGCAAGAGCUGCAGCAGUAGCUGCAGCAGCAGGUGCAGCAAGAGCUGCAGCAGUAGCUGCAGCAGCAGCUGCAGCAAGAGCUGCAGCAGUAGCUGCAGCAGCAGGUGCAGCAAGAGCUGCAGCAGUAGCUGCAGCAGCAGCUGCAGCAAGAGCUGCAGCAGUAGCUGCAGCAGUAGCUGCAGCAGCAGCUGCAGCAGUAGCUGCAGCAGCAGCUGCAGCAAGAGCUGCAGCAGUAGCUGCAGCAGCAGCUGCAGCAAGAGCUGCAGCAGUAGCUGCAGCAAGAGCUGCAGCAAUAGCUGAAGCAGCAGCUGCAGCAGCAGCUGCAGCAAGAGCUGCAGCAGCAGCUGCAGCAGCAGCUGCAGCAGCAGCUGCAGCAACAGCUGCUGCAGCGGAGUCUUUUGCUGCAGCUGCUGCGGGACCCAAUGAGACAGAGCCAACGAAGAGUCUCUUCUGUCUUUUGGAUUUAUAUUUAAAAUAA